UGAAAAUGGAGUCCAGGCAGUCUCUUAACUUCACCACCUCUUCCCCUACCAGCUACACAGAUGAGGAAUUUUACAAUAAAAUUUCCCAUUUGAAUUAUAUAUUAAAUGGCAUGUUUUGCAGCAUAAUAUUUAUUUUGGGAACAGUGGGCAAUGGGCUGGUCAUAUGGAUCACUGGAUUCCGAAUGAAAAAGACGGUUAAUACCAUUUGGUUUCUUAACCUCGGCAUUGCAGACUUUUCUUUCUGUCUUUUUCUUCCUUUCCAAAUAUUAUCUUGGGCACUGGAUUACCACUGGCACUUCGGGCAGAUAAUGUGCAAAGUCGUGUGUACUAGCUUUCACCUAAACAUGCAAGUCAGUAUCUUUUUCUUAAUGGCCAUCAGUGUGGAUCGUUGCACCUCUGUUCUGUGCCCUGUAUGGUCAAAAAAUCAUAGAUCUGUAAAGUUAGCUAAGAACAUCUCUGUGAUAAUCUGGCUCUUUUCGUUGACUCUCAGCUCUCCUUAUCUUGUUUUUUAUGAUACUGGGCAUAUCCCAGACAGUAAUAUUACUUAUUGUGGACAAACGUAUGCAGCCUGGAAAAACACUUCCUUUGAUAGCCAGACAUUUCAUCUCAGGCGCACAGUUAUGUCAUUCACCAAUUUGAUAUCAAUGUUCCUGAUCCCAUUUUCCAUCAUCCUUGUUUGCUAUGGGCUCAUUGCAUUCUGGAUUAGAAAAAGCAGCAAACGACUUGGGUCAAGUCGAACUUUCAAGACCAUAGUGGCAACUGUCCUUUGUUUCUUUUGCUGCUCAUUUUUUUUUCAUUUGUUACAUCUCCUUGAUUUUAUAGAAGUUGAUAUUAACAGUGUAUUUGCUAAUAUAAUGUCUAAUGUUGCAGAAAGCUUGGCUAUCUUUAACAGUUGUCUCAAUCCAAUGAUUUAUGUCUUUGUUGGCCGGGACUUUAAAAUAUCUCUAAGGAAGUCAAUCCCAUUUCUUCUAGAAAGCGCAUUCAGAGAAGAGAAAGAAGACCCUCUUGAAGCACAUGACAACGCUGGUGUAGGAAUUGAACUGGUGCCAUGCCAUGCAUGAUGUCAUACAAUGUCAGUUAUACAAAAGUGCUUCUGCUGCAUUUGAUUCCUGAUAAAUACAUAGUUACAUAGUUACAUAGUUAAAUUGGGUUGAAAAAAG